UGAUUUCCUCCCUUCUGUAAUAAGCAGCCAAUGAGUUCUCACGGAAGGUGAUAAUUCUGACUAAAACUACAGAAUAAAGCCGCCAGUUAAAAUCAAGGAACGGUUGAGCUCGUGGUUACUGAAGGGAGCUACAGUGAGAACUCAAUGCUCUUCACGAGCAAGAGAGAAAGAAGAAUCACAUCCAGCUGUAAAACGUCUACAAGAUUCCCAAAUCCUGGUAGACCCUGUCAUCUGCCAGAUAAGAGUUUUGCACCUACCUGCAAACUAAGAAGAAAAUCUCCACAUAAGGAAGCAUCGUGAGGCAACAUAAGGUCAAGACUAACAGGAAAGUCAGACACGCAAGUACAAGUCAAGGUGUUUGAAGGUGGUCCUAGCCUUGUGAACAGCUAAUAAGAGACUUUAAGAUUACAAUUCGUAAGGACUGGAGAUAGUUGUCUAUUUCAUAAAUACUCUGGUAUUAUGCAUUUGCUCUUUCUAUCUUAAUGUAUCACUGGUAUGUGUAUUACUGAAAAAUAUUAUUUGAUACUUACUAAAAAUAUAUAUAUAGUCACAAACAUUAAGGGUCAGCGUACACCUAUUAAUUAUAUAUUCACAUGUAAGUUAAUAGUGUAAUUGUUUGGUAAGGUGUUUGUUCAAGCCUUUGUUACAAGCAUUAUACAUGUUUAUACCACGUACUGAGUUUUAAAUUACAGUGAAUUAGAGUAUAAAUUACCUACUCACUUAUCCAAACCUUAGCUAGAAUUGAUUUGACUUGAUUUAGAAUGUCAGAAAGAGGUAGUUUCACUAAAGGUGAUAGAGAUGGGGUGGGUCAAGUUGAGCAGCUGCAGCAACACCUCGCAAACUUUGAGCCUUCAUCAGAACAAACAGAACAGCAGGAAGAGGCCCAGACUGGUGUGGAGUCACUUCGGCCAGUGAAUGAUGAUACAGAGGCUGCUAAUGAGAUAGCACAACAAGAGCCACGAAAAGGUGAGAGGGUCCGCAGGUUAACUGAAAAGGGCAGAGAACUGCGCGACGAAAGGUGGAGACAGCUCGAACAUCGUUUCAGGGUCAGCUAUGAGAAGUGGAAGGCUCUGGUAAAGGAAGCAAAACUGUCACUGACAGGCUGUUGCUCUGAAGACCUACUAGAAGACCUCUUAAACAAGAUUAGCCAUACCUCUACAGAGCUAAACCUUGUCUACGUAAAUUUGCGUCAAAUCGACAUUCCCGACAACGAUAUACGACGCAGAGUUGAUACUUGUGAAGCAGUUACAAUGUCUAUUAUCAAGACUGUAAGGUGUCAUUUAAAAGGCAGGGAAGAAGGUCAAAGUAACCAGAUAGAGUUGCACUGGAAGGACAGCAAUUCCUUGUGCAUGUCUGAACUCUCACAUAAGUCAAGUCUCAACUAUCAGCCCUCAAGUGCUUCCUCCCAGUCUCAAAGCAACUCAAAGGUCAACUCCAGACGCUCAAGCGUGUCAUCUGUCAAGAGACAAGAGGCUGCGGCGGAAGUUGCUGCUAAUCAAGCAGCUUUAGAAGUAAUGGUUAAGCAAGAACGCCAACUAGAAGAGCUUCAGCGACUCGAAGAUGAAGAUAAGAAGAGGACAGCGGAGCAAGAAGCUGAGGCUGUGAAACGCAGCUUAGAAGAAGCUAGGCUGCGAGUCAAGUUAGAGGUAGAAAAUGCUGCCAGACGAAGGACACUAGAAGACAAGCGUAGAGAGUUAGAGCGCCUAGAAGUGCUCAAGAAACUAAAUGCUGCCAAGGCGCGAAUGCAAGUGUAUGAGCAAGAUGAAAACUCAGAGGACGAAAAGAGAGAACUACUCUCUAACUGCAAAUCUGUGAAAGAAGUCACGCACAGAAGUGGCUCAUUUCACAGUCUCUCACCACAACAUGUUGUGACAAGCACACAGCAAGAAGAUGGCACCAAGACCAUGUUCAGGUUACUAGCGGAAUCAAUCAGUGAAAGCCGCCUCCCCAUACCAGAACCAGUAACAUUCAAUGGAGAGCCUCUCUCGUACACUGACUGGAAGGUCUCUUUUCAGACUCUGAUAGACAGGAAGAACAUACCAACAACUGAGAAGAUAUAUUACUUAAGAAAAUAUGUCGGUGGGCCUGCCAAGAAAGCCAUCGAAAGUUACUUUAUGUUAGGAACAGAAUCAGCCUACCAUGCUGCUUGGACCAUUCUUGAAGAAAGGUACGGAAACAAAUUCUUCAUCGCCAAGUCUUUCAGAGAUAAGCUCAAUGCAUGGCCUACGAUAGGAUCCAAGGACAGUCUUGAACUUAGAGACCUUGUAGACUUUCUUCGCAGCUGUGAAGCUGCUAUGUCUCAGAAUAAGGGCCUGGAGGUGCUUAAUGACUGUAAUGAAAACCAAAAGAUCCUCGCUAAACUUCCAGAUUGGCUAACUUCAAGAUGGAAUAGAAAGGUCACAGACAUCUUAGAAGAAACGGAGAUCUUUCCUAGCUUCAGUCAGUUUGUGAAGUUUCUCACGAGAGAAGCCAAGAUUGCUUGCAAUCCUGUAACAUCCCUUCAUGCUUUGAAACCAAGUGAAGAUGGGAAACUUAAGAUGCCAAGGAUUCAAAACCCCGGAGCAAGGGUAUUAGCAACUAACUCUGAUGAGAAAGAUACUGUUACUAGUUGUGUCUUCUGUGAGAAGUCAGGUCACAGUCUCCACAAAUGCUGGAAGUUCAUGGAUAAGCCCGCCGCAGAGCGACAGAAGUUUGUUCAAGAGAAUAAAUUGUGCUUUGGCUGUUUAAGGCCUGGGCAUCGAUCGAAAGAUUGUGAUAACAGGAACACCUGCGACACGUGUCAGAGGAGGCAUCCAUCCUGCCUGCACGAAGAUCGUAGUAAAGAAAGGUUAAGGGAUAGGAAGACAGAGCCCCCACGAGAUAAGGGGACAAGAGCGUCAAGUGAGGCCAUAUCUAACAGAGUCGUAAGGGACAUUAACACUCACACCUCCACAAUCAUUCCAGUAUGGGUGUCAACCACAAGUGAGCCAGAUCGUGAAGUUCUUGUGUAUGCACUUCUUGACACCCAGAGUGACACCACUUUUAUCCUUGAAGAGACAACAAAGGCUCUCAAUACAAGGAAGGAGCCAGUCCAACUGAAACUCUCUACAAUGGCUUCAAGAAAUACCACUGUGCCUGCCAGAAGCUGUCUGGUUUGCAGAACACAUGUAAGAGAGGUAAUCACAACACUGGACAUUAUCAAGACGCUUGAAUCUGACUUCAACGAGAGAGCUGCAGAAGAGGACCUCAUAUCUCAAGAGGAUAUCCGGUUCCUGAAGAAAAUGAAAGAGGGCAUCAGACGCAAGGACAAUGGACAUUAUGAGAUGCCGCUGCCGUUUAAGGAAGAAAGACCCAAUCUGCCGAACAAUAAAACAUGUGCAGUUCACCGACUCAAGUGCCUGGAAAGGAGGCUAAGGAGAGACAAGCAGUACUACAAGGACUACACAGCAUUCAUGGAAGAGACUAUAGCUUGUGGAGAUGCUGAGAAGGUCUCUAAAGAGGAAAUUAACAAGCAUCCAGCAUGGUACAUCCCGCACCAUGGAGUUUAUCACCCACAAAAGCCUGGGAAGAUACGAGUCGUCUUUGACUGCUCAGCUAAGUUUCGAGAGACGUCCUUGAAUGAUCAUCUUACCGGUUCAGAGGUGACAAACACAUUGCUGGGCGUCCUUUGUCGUUUUCGUAAGGGUCCAGUUGCAAUCAUGUGUGACGUAGAGUGCAUGUUCCACCAGUUUCAUGUGAAAGCAGAAGACCAAGAUUAUCUACGGUUCCUUUGGUGGGAGAACGGAGAUCUAGAGUCUCAACCCUCAGCGUAUCGUAUGAUGGUCCACUUGUUCGGCGCAGCUUCAUCUCCUGGUUGCGCCAACUAUGGUCUCAAACAUCUUGCUGCCGAAGGACAAGGAAGCUUCAGCGAGAAGUCUAUCCAGUUCAUAGAAAGGAACUUUUAUGUUGAUGAUGGGUUGACGAGCGUAUCGUCUGAAGCUGAAGCGGCCCAGCUGGGGAAAGAAGCAAGAGAGCUUUGCAGCAUCGGCAAACUUCGGUUGCACAAGUUUAUCUCUAACAGCAAGGAAGUUAUAGCCACAAUUCCCAAGGAAGAACGUGCCAAGGGUGCCAAAGACCUGGAUAUGGCUCUGGGUGAACCACACAUGGAGAGAGCGCUUGGUGUACUGUGGUGUGUCGCAUCAGACGAGUUCCAGUUUAGAGUAGUUGUCAAGGAACGCCCACUCACAAGAAGAGGAGUGUUGUCUACAGUAGCCUCUGUAUAUGAUCUGCUUGGGUUUGUGGCACCCUUUGUCCUGGUGGGGAAGCAGAUCUUGCAGCGGAUGUGUCGUGACAAAAUCGACUGGGAUGACCCCUUCCAGAUGACCUAA